AUGGCUAAAGCAUACAUGGUGGCGGAAUUCGAUCAACAUAUGUCAGAAGUCAAUAAGAUUGAUAACAGAGUGAAGGACUAUUUAUUCGAUAUUGGAUAUCAUAGAUGGUCCUUAGCACAUUCCAGUGUGAAAAGAUACAAGGUGAUGACUUCUAAUAUUGCAGAGUCCAUGAAUGCAGCGAAUAAAGAUGCAAGAGAUCUACUUAUAUAUGAUUUGUUGGAUUAUGUGAUGAAUAAUAUUGUGGCGAGUUGGAAUUACAACAAUAGAAUGGUAGCAAUGGCAACAAGUACAACGCUAAGUCAGAAAUAUGAGGAACUGCUAAGGGAUAAAAUAAUUGCAUCAAAGAGAAUGACGGUUGUGCCUUCAACAGAAUACAUGUACACAGUAUUUCAUGGUAAAAAGCGCUAUGUGGUUUGCAUGCUGGAACGGUCUUGCACUUGUAGAAAGUUUCAAUUGGAUGUGAUGCCUUGUACACAUGCAAUGGCUAUCAUCACAAAAUAUAGCAUGCCUCAGUAUGCGUAUUGCUCGUUAUACUACAACAAAGAGUACUUCUUGAAGACCUAUGAUGUUCCGAUUCACCCCAUUCCUAACGAAACUACAUGGGAAAUUCCUGCAGACAUUUUAGCAGAGGUGGUUCUACCACCUAUAGUAAAAGCCAGAGCAGGUAGGCCACAAAAAUGCAGAUGGAAAGGUGCUGGUGAAUCACAACCAAAAAGGGCAAAAAUUACAUGUUCAUUGUGCAAUCGUGAAGGUCACAAUAGAAGGACAUGUAGGAAUCCUCCGAUGGAAGCUUAG